CAGCGGUCAGCUCUUCUGGGUGGAGUGAAGUUUAGACAUCUAGUAAAGCCAAUUAGCCUAACGGAGAACGUUAUUGCAGAGUGGAAAAAAGCUCUAAAAAGGCAAAGAAUAUCCGCGGAAAAGGGAACAAGAGGCUGUGAGGUUCUUUAAGAGGAGCUGAGCUGAGAUGAUGGGUGGUGUGAGUGAAGAGUCGCUACUGGAUUAUUUCUACUCUGCCGGUGGAAACUCAGGCAGAGUGAGAAAUGCAGAUAUACUGAAGACGUUUAAGCCCUUCAUUGGCCACAGUGACCCGCAGUUACGCGCUAAAUACAGAGAGGAAUUCAAGCUCACCAUCGACCGGAUCGCUGUGGUGAAGUCAGAGAACGGAGAGAAAUAUCUCAUCCUAAAGAAGAAGUACAGAACCUUGUUACAGGAGCGAGACACCAAACAUCAUGGGACAGAUAAAGACCCCCAGAGACAACAGAGCCCAGCCAGAACCACAGCCACUGCACAGUGGGAGACAAGGAACAUUCAGACGUCAUCUCCCUGCAAGAAGGAGCAGCAGGAUGAACCGAUGUCAUCUGGAGAACCCGAUGAAGAGGAGCAGCAGGAAGGAACAGACAGCGUUCGGCACUCUCCACACCCACCUUCUGCCGCCCACACCAAUGAUCCCUCUGCACUAAGUAACGGGGAGGAUGAGCUGGACAGAGAUUCAACAUCUAAGUCCGAGUUGGAGCAUGACGAGGAGUCCACAGGCAGCAUGGGCUCUGCUGCUGUCGCUCUGGAUCCUACAGAAAAAGAGUGGAUCUACUAUGCUGCCAGCGCCCGAGUGCGUGACCUCUCCCAGCUGCUCAGGCAGGAACCAUCACUUGCAAAUAAGAAGGACUUCACAUCUACUGCUUUGCACUGGGCCGCCAAACAUGGCAAUCAGGACAUGGCUGCUCUGGUGGCUGAUGCUGGAGCUGAUGUCAACACUAAAUCACACGUGAGUAACCAGCCCUUCAUCUGGCAGUGAUGGGGAUGUGCGGUACAGUAGGUUGUUUGACGUGAAAGGUUGCUGCGGUGCCCCGGCGUGAUGUAAUGCUCCUUAAAGAUCUCUGUGAAGAUCCAGCUGUGCAAAUGGAUUACAGCAGAGAGAGCGGUCGGGCCGCGGGAGGACGCCGCUAAUAAAUCAUGUCAUGUCAUGUUAAUUGUCUCCCAAAACAGAGUGCCUCUUGGCCAGCAUGCAUGUCCACGGCCGUGCAAUUUCCAACGAAUUACCGAGCAAUUAUGUUUUUAUCAUUAUCUUGUGUUUCCAUAACCUUCCCUAAUUUGUGUCUUUUUUUCCAUGACGUUUUCAUUGGAUGCAUAUGGACGUGGGAAACUCAAGGGGGGAUACACUCCUCUGCACAUUGCAGCGUUGCAUGGUCAUCGUCACAUUCUUGAUCUACUCAUUGGAGCUUACGGGGCAAAAGAAAACGUACGGGACUACAGCGGCCAUCUUCCCGGCCAUUAUCUGAACAUCAAAGACCCCGAAGGUCCCCAUGAGGAUUGCGACUUGCAAUUUCAAGUCACUCAAGCCAGAGAGAGGAACAAGAACAGGAAGUUGGUGUCGUUGUUCCACUACAAGAAAAAGUGGGGUUCAGCAGAGGAGCUGGCUCCGAUAGAGGAGGAGAGGAUGGCGUCGCAUCAGCUUGCCCUUCCUCCUUUCAGGCCCAGAAAGUUCUCCCGCUAAGGAAAAACUCGUCCUUACAUUCACACACAAGUAUGAACCAAAUAGUAAUGCAUAUAUACUACACUCUCACCAAUGAGAAACACAGAGGCUGCAACUUUAAAUAAGUAAAAAUCUGCAAGUGCUGCUUUAUUCAUAUGUACAAUAUGCUUUUCACUGAAGUAUUUUGAAGCUUGCAAAUUUUUUUUGAUUGUUACUUAUAAUGUAACAUGCGUUACAUGUCCACAUCAGCUUAGGCUGCAGGAUUCUCAGAGCUUGUCUUUUUCAUUUAAUGCAAUUCAAGCAAAUGUGAGAAGUUGGAGAUGAGUCGAAGACAUUUAAUUACUGGUUAUGUUCUGGUAUUUAAUUUUCUCUGCAGAAACUAAAUAAACCUAUUUGUUGUUUCUCAGCUUGUCCUAAGUGAUUUUGAAAAACAGAUUACGAAAACAUUUUUAUGGUUUACUGUUUUUGUGGUUUUUUGUUUUUUGGGGAUUUUGUUGGAGCAAAAAUAGAUACAAUUUGUCCCGGAUUGCAGCAUGGAAGAGUAGAGAACAUAUCUAUUAAUCUCUUUAAAAACAAGUAUGUAAAACUACUUUGUAACUAUUUUAAAGAUUCAGUAUACACAUAUUUGUACGUAAAAAAUAUGUGAUUAUUUUUUGCAAAAGAUAGUGUCCACUUAUGGGUUUAGCUUUACAACAAUUGGCUGAGAAUCCAGUCAAAAGUGUUCAUGACCUUAAAAAAAAUAAACCUUUCGUUCAUGAAUAUAUACAAAAAUUGGUGCACCAUUGGAGCACCAAUAAAACUCUCAAACUCUCAAAUGGGAUCAAUAAAACUGUUUUAUCAAUUUAAUCCAAAAAGGCAAAAGAUACACAUUUUCAGUUCUCCCUUAUCUUAAUAUGUAACCUUUUUUAAACUUUAAUUUAAAUAUAUUUUUAAAAUGUAAAACUUUUUUAUUACUCUAUGGUAAAAAAAAAAAAUCACAAGAACUACCCUGGAUAGCAAAUCUGGCCUAAGUGAUGAUGAAGAUGCUGCGCCUGCCUUGGUAUGAGUCAUCAUUAUGAUUUCAUAAACAAACAAAAAGUUUAUUUGGGGAAAAUUUUGCUGCAUUCAAAGACAAACCUAUUGGAAGGUCGCUUUUGUAGUAGUUUAUUAGCAUGUUUAGCAUUUGCUGGCAAUUUUUAUUCUGAUAUACCAAUAAGCACUGUUCUGAUUUACUCUGCACGCUGAUUGUUUUUAUUGUUUUAAUUUAUUGUAAAAAAUUGUUGCAGGUUUUUAAUAUUAAAGCCUGUUUAAUUUUUGUAAUCUGUAUACUUUUUCAACUUAUUUAUAUAAUACAAAUAUGUUUGAAUAAAACUUUCUUUUAUAUAAAACUGA